AGCCUUUGCUGGCGGCACGUCGGUGGCAUGGCGGCUGCGCGCAGGCAUACGAGGCCGCAGCCGGCUGGGCCUGGAGCGGAUAGGCGUCAUGUGAGUCGCGCCCUUUUGCCCAUUCUUGCCCCCACUGAUCACAUGCCCAGCCUCUCGCUGAUCGCGCAGGUCAUCACCCUAGUGCGGCUGCAGCUAUGCAUGCGGCUGUGUCGCGCACAGCUCUCGCGAGCGAACCGGCGGCUCAUCGCUGCGACGGACAUGCUCGACGUGAGCGGGCCCGCGGCGUCUGCGGGCCUGCUGCGCGGGCGCCGCCUGAGCGUGUUCGAGGCGAUGGGCAAGCAGCCGCUGCCCGACAGUGCCAGCUCGUCGCGCAGCGCGUCGCCCGACUCGGUCUCGUCCUCGUGCUCCUCGGCCACGGCCAAGGGCGCGCCUCGCUCGCGCGCCGAGCCGCUGCUGCGCGCCGCCGAGGCCGACAUCGGCCGGCUGCGCCGCGAGAUGCGCCAGCUGCGCCUCGAGCGGCUCUCGGUCCUGCCCGAGACCGUCUUUGCCGCGCUCGAGAUCUUCGGGCGCGGGCAGGACUGGACCGUCAUGGAGGGCUGGUGCGGCGUGCUGAGCUCGCUGGCGACGCUCGCACGCGUGGGCGCCGCGGCAGAGGGGCACUAGAUACCCGGAAUGCAUUUUGUCAAUACCCGCCAGACGGCGUGCGCGGAGCAGCAUACAGGAGAGCCGCAGAGCAGCGCACAGAGGCAGGCGUCGAGCAGCCCUUGUGCGGGCGCGCGCUAAGACGCAGCAGGAUGUCUGCACGAUGCAGAGUGAAGAGAUAGUAACCUGAUCUGGGGACGCCCUUCACCCCUUCUCGGGCGCCAGGAUCGGCAGCAGCUCGGCGUGGCCAAUCGUGUGGCAGCCCCGGGCACGCGCCUUCAGCCGCAGGUUGCGGUCGAGCGUGACGAGCACGGCGCGUGCCUUGUCCGGCGUGACAUCCUCCAUCGGUGCGGCGAGCAGCGCGCGGCGGUCGACAAAG